AUGUAUGGAGCAAGUUCAAAUAACGUCUUUGAAAUAUUUCUGGUACAUCAUGUUUGCAACAUCACUUUCUUAUUACAAAGCGCUCAUCAGAUUUCUUCUCGUCUUCUCAGUAGCUCUCCAAAUUUUGUUUUUGACUUUCUUGAUCACAUUCCUAUUCCACGUCAUACGAGGCUUGAUAUCUCGUUAGUAGCGCUUGUCGCCGCCGAACCACAGAUACCGACAUUCCUGGCACAUCCGGCAAAAUCUUUUGUGUUCACGAAUUUGGUCGGUAUGCCCUGA